AUGACUCCAUCACCAAACAACAUAAAGAUAAGAAAUGCAACUGAAGACGAUAUCAGUAGUAUUAGAGAUAUUUAUAAUUAUUAUAUAAGAGAAACAACCUUUACAUUUGAAGAGGUUGAAGUCACUUUGGAGGAGAUGACCAAUCGAUAUAGACAUGUACUUGAAUUAAAAUUACCAUAUUUUGUGGCUGUAGAAGUGGUCGAUAAUGUUGUUGUUGUUGAUGGUGCAUCAACAGACACUACCGCUACUACCACUACCAAAGAAACAAUCAUUGGAUAUAGUUAUGCAGGUCUAUUUAGAACAAGAUCUGCAUAUAGAUUUACAAUUGAAGAUGUUAUUUAUUUGAGACAUGACCUUACUGCAAAGGGUUUGGGAUCAAUUCUUUUAAAGAAAUUGAUUGACCGUUGCACAGAGUUGGGUUAUCGUCAAAUGAUCACUUGCAGUUCCGACAAUCCUGCAUCUGUUGCUCUUCACAAGAAAUUUGGAUUCCAUUCACCAAUGGUAUUGAAAUCAGUUGGAUUUAAGUUUAAUCAAUGGAUUGAUACUAUCACCAUGCAAUUACCAUUGGGUGAAUCAGAUACAACUCUUCCUCCCCCAUUACCAUCACAAUAA